AUGAUCAAGGUUGACUUGCAAAAAGCAUAUGAUACAGUUGACUGGGGAUCCUUGGAGCAAGUGCUGGAGUGUCUUGGUUUCCCUUACAAAUUCAUUGAUGAUUUACUCAUGUUUGCAAAAAAGGAACCAAGAUCAAUUGCCUUACUACAUGAACAAUUUCAGAUUUUCUUAGCAGCUUCAGGAUUGCAAGCAAACAUGUCCAAGAGUGUUGUGUACUAUGGAGGAGUUUCAGAUGCUAUUAAACAUGAGAUCCAACAACUCCUGGGGUACAACCAAGGUGAAUUACCUUUCAUGUAUCUUGCCAUACCUUUGGCCCCCAGAAAGCUGAAAGUUGUCGAGUGGCAACCAUUAAUUAAGAUUAUAUCUAGAGUAUCAUCUUGGUCAACAAGAAAGUUAUCCUAUGCAGGGCGAGUGCCGUUGGUCAAAUCAGUUCUUUUUGUCAUACAGUCUUAUUGGGCCCAAAUGUUUGUUAUCCCAGCUAAGGUAAUGAAAAAUAUAGAAGGAUAUUGCAGGAGUUUUAUUUGA